CUAACGCGCGGCAGGAUCUCGUACAAGUCUCGUUGGAAUAUAUUUUUGUCUUGUUUCUUGUGUUUUUUGUUUUAUCUUUUAACGUAAUUCUUGAUUUUUAUUUGUGGAAAAUUAGUUGAGAGUUUAAUGUGAGGAUUUACGAUUUUAACAAAUUAAAAAAAAAAAACUGAAGAGACAAAUAACAACAACAAAAACAAGCAAUUACAAUAAGUACGCACACACACACGCUAGAACACACACAUAUACAUACAUAGGCAGGCACACACACACACACACACACACACGUACACAUACGCAUACACAGUGUUGUUAUUUUGUCAUUUCUAAGCUAGCUCGCUUGAAAGAAAGGAGAGAAAACAUCGGUUCGUAUUGGAAUAUGAAGAGACGGAAUGCCGAGAGUGGCAAACUGCGGCGCCCGGUGAAGCGCAGCAAAAUAACUGAUAGCAUUUACGGAAGUACAUUCCUCUACCUGAAGUUUUUUAUGGUUUGGGCUAUAGUUGUAAUGGCUGACUUCAUGUUGGAAUUUCGAUUUGAAUAUCUGUGGCCAUUUUGGUUAUUGUUAAGGAGUGUGUAUGAUUCAUUCAAAUAUCAAGGCCUGGCAUUUUCUGUAUUUUUUGUUUGUAUUGCUAUCACAUCAGAUGUCAUCUGCUAUCUCUUCAUACCUGUUCAGUGGCUUUUCUUUGCUGCUAGCACUUAUGUAUGGGUUCAUUAUGUUUGGCAUACUGAGCGUGGCAUUUGUCUUCCUACAGUGUCCUUAUGGUUAAUAUUUGUUUACAUAGAGGCUUCUGUCAGAUUACGAGAAUUAAAGAGUUUACCUUUCAAUUUAGCCCUUUGUCGACCAUUUGCAGCACACUGCAUAGGAUACCCAGUCGUCACUUUAGGAUUUGGUUUUAAAAGUUACAUUUCAUACAGAAUGAGAUUGCGUAAACAAAAAGAAGUUCAAAAAGCAAAUGAAUUUUAUAUAUUACUUUUACUGAAAGCUUUACCGCCUGAUAUUCAGAAUUCUUAUUCAGAAAAACAGCGAGCUCUUUCUUCUAAAACAGACGAAGAAGUUAUUUCAAAUGGAGUUCCAGGAAAAAAAUCUCAUAAAACAGAUAACGAGGACAAAGACAAAACAAAACAUUUAACGAAAAACACAGAUGAUGACGACGAAGAAGAAUACGAUUUCAUAGAACAGCCUUUAUCAAAAAAAUCUAAUGUAAAUGACUAUGAUGAAAGCACAGAAAAUGAUCAACAUACCAAAUCGUACAAAUCUAACACUGUUUCGAAAUCGCAAGGUAACAAACUAAACAGUAAUAAAGAGAAUAAUUCAAAGAAAGGUAAAAAUUACAAUAAAGACAUUUCUCCAACAUUUAACAACAACAAAGAUGAAGUAAUAAACAGAUUAGAGAAUGAUGUAAAACGCUUGAAAGCAGAUCUUCAGUCUAGUCGUAAUUCCGAACAAGAGUUACGGUCACAAAUUACAAAUAUGUCACUGUCAGACAAAUCCAUGCGGUCAGAAUUAUAUCAACUUCAGCAAGACAAUGAAAAUUUACAGAACAAACUACACAAUCUGGUGACCUGCAGACAACAAGAUAAACAGAACCUCUCUAUCUUGGAGCGUAAACUACAAGAAGAGCGCAAAGGAAAAUGUGUAAUAGAGCAACAGCUGGCUUCUGAACGUAAGGCUAAAAAAGCCGAAGAGUCUGCAACCAGGGCUGUUUUGUUGGCUGCUGCAAGAGAUGAAUGUUCAGAAAACUGCAAAGCUCGACGAAGAGAUACCGAAAAUGAUCUGAAACAGUUGCGGAGAGAAUUAAAGGUCAGAGAAGAACAGUUUAGACAGGUAGAAAGAGAAGUACAGAAUCUUCGUCAAUACAAAGAAAACCAGAAUGAAACAGAAAUUUUAAUGUCAGCACUUGCGGCAAUGCAAGACAAAAAUACACACCUGGAAAACAGCCUGAGUGCAGAAACCCGAUUAAAAUUGGAUUUAUUUUCUGCACUUGGGGAAGCUAAACGGGAAAUUGAAAUUCUGAAAAGUAAGUACAUGUUAACCUGUCUCUUUCUUUUUAUAUUUAUUUAUUAUUUAUUUAACCCUUUAGCAUUCAAAUUAUUCUCUCAAAUGUUCUGGUUUUUUCAUUCACAUUGUUUUUAAUUAGCCUUGCAUUAU